GUGUGAGGAGGAAUCCCCAACCUACGAGGCUGAGUGCCUGUAGUUUUAGUCUGACGCUGAGUGGUUUUCCUGUUCGGAUACACCUCGGAGGUAAUGAGGACUCGGGUUAUGUGCUUUAUGAUCGACCCAAGGCAAAGAUGCAAUGGAGGUCACUCGUAGUGGGCUUGGUGGUCCUGAGACUCUCUGUAAGCUGGGUUCUAUGGCUAGCCUUCGGGCUUGGACCUAACGUUAGCUCAGGCUUCAACUUUCACCUCGGUUUUAAUUUGCACAAACUGGACUUGCUGUUCAGGGAGGAAAAAACAGCCGACUCGAGCACUAAUUCUUGGUCCCAGCGGAUCCAGGGCCACAGGUAUGAAGAGACGGCGAGUCCCUGCGCAAAUAUUGGGGAGGCUUCCCCACCCUGGAGGUCCUACCUUAACUUCUUUGAUGGCAACAAGGACGAGUACGUCCGGAGGUACAGCUCCUUCCCAGACACGCUGAAGCUGAAAAUGAAAGACAUGGCCAGAGAAAUGUUUUACUUUGGAUACGACAACUACAUGAAGUAUGCCUUUCCAGAGGAUGAGCUGAAUCCCAUUGAUUGUGAGGGCAGAGGUCCAGAUGUGCUUAACCCGUCAAACAUCAAUAUUAAUGACGUCUUGGGAAACUAUUCACUGACACUCAUUGACACUUUAGACACUCUUCUGGUGCUUGGCAAUGUUACAGAGUUCCAGAGAGCUGUCAAACUGGUUAUAGAUACCGUGUCUUUUGACAAGGAUUCGACUGUGCAAGUCUUCGAGGCAAACAUCAGGAUCCUUGGCAGCCUUAUCUCAGCACAUAUUCUGCUGACUGACCCUAGACAGCCAUUUGGAGAGGUGGGCAUCGAAGGCUAUGAAAACGAGCUUCUACAUCUGGCUCAUGACCUGGCUGUGCGCUUGCUGCCUGCUUUUGAGAACACCAGCACGGGUAUUCCUUACCCAAGGGUGAACCUGAAGACUGGAGUUCCCAGGGAUAGCAUCAAUGAGACAUGCACUGCAGGCGCUGGGUCUCUGCUGGUGGAGUUUGGCAUUCUGAGCCGCCUGAUUGGGGAUUCAACGUUUGAAUGGGUGGCGAGGCGAGCUGUCAGAGCUCUGUGGAGUCUGAGAAGCAAUGAAACUGGUCUGUUGGGAAAUGUUAUUAAUAUCCAAACAGGCCAGUGGGUCGGUAAGCAGAGUGGACUUGGAGCCGGCAUGGACUCCUUUUAUGAGUAUUUGCUUAAAUCCUACAUCCUUUUUGGGGAGAAAGAGGACUACCAGAUGUUUAAAGCUGCUUAUGAGAGCAUUCAGAACCACAUGAGAAGAGGGCGGGAGUCUUGCAACGAAGGUGAGGGGGACCCGCCUCUCUAUGUGAAUGUGAACAUGUUCAGCGGUGAGAUAAUGAACACUUGGAUCGAUUCUCUUCAGGCCUUCUUUCCUGGACUGCAGGUUCUGAAUGGAGAUAUCGAUGAUGCCAUUUGCCUGCAUGCCUUCUACUACGCCAUCUGGAAGCGUUUCGGAGCUCUGCCGGAGAGAUAUAACUGGCAACUGAAGGCUCCCGAUGUGUUAUUUUACCCUUUAAGACCAGAGCUGGUGGAGUCGACCUACCUGCUGUACCAGGCAACAAAAAAUCCUUUCUAUUUGCAUGUUGGAAUGGAUAUUCUCCAGAGCCUGGAGAAAAAUGCCAAAGUCAGAUGUGGAUAUGCUACACUCCAUCAUGUUGUGGAUAAAUCCAAAGAAGAUCGCAUGGAGAGCUUUUUCCUCAGUGAAACCUGCAAAUACCUUUAUCUUCUGUUUGACGAAGACAACCCACUGCACAAAUCUGACAACAAGUACAUCUUCACAACAGAGGGUCAUGUAGUGCCUAUAGACAAGCGCUUCAGGGAGAAACAGUGGAGCGAUUUGUCUCCAUGUGAAGAGGCUGCGAACAACCAGUUGCCUACAAGCAACAUCAGUAAUUGUAACAGGAUUCCUGAGGAGCGCCGCUAUGCUCUGCCAUUAAAGAGUGUCUACAUGAGGCAGAUUGAUCAUAUGGUGGGACUUUUUUGAGAACAAAGGACAGAAGUGGUGACAUUGCAUCUAAAAGACUACAGAAGACAGCGUCCUCUGGUCAGAGUCUUCGUCCUCGCCUGUUUCUCAGCUCUGGAACCAGCCAGGAAACAGACACCAAUGAAUCCUGAGAACACAAUUCUAUCACUUAUGGUAUUAAAGAAAAAGGUUUCUGGUAGUGGAAAUUAGCAUAAAAUAGUGAUGAUAACUCUCAGGUUAAAGGAAGGAGUUUUCAUUAUUAUUUCUAAACUGAGAAAAAGAGGUUUUUAGACUAGCUGAGAUAUCUGCUCAAGUAUUGUGGGUAAAUACUGCAUGCACAUGUAAAUUCAGCAGAGCUGUGAGACAUGACAGAAAUAACCACAUAAUGGGAUCAGUGCCAUUAACCUCACUUUAAUUCAAUACAUGACCUGUAAGAAACAUGGCCUUCAUGGAAGCCAGUCUUUAAAACCUGAGAAUUAGUGCCUCCUUUUGAAGUUAAGAUACUUGAUUAGAUCAGGGAUUUUAUGUAAGGGCUGCACAGACCGUUUUUAAAAUGCUUCAAAACUGCUGCUUUUCACUCCAGUUAUUUUUCAUUCAAUCAGCAUUACUGUAUGGCUUUGGUUUUGUUUUCCUUUUUUUUUUUUGACAAUUAUAAAGUAAAAUAUCCAAAAUAGAGAUGCACCCUUCAGAACCUCAUGGCAAAUCGCUGGAUUUAGUAAAACUUUGAUGCUGGUUUUAGCUGAUCCUAAUCACUUUAAGAAAUUAAAUCUUAAUAUAGGCACAAACAACAUUCAGUUUUUUAUUUUUUUCUAAAUUUCUCCUGCGAGAAGUUAUUAGUUAUUUAUAUUCAAAGUAAAGGUAAUAUAAGUGUGUGAGAAAGAGCAACGGCUGUGAAACUAUUCUUAUUUUUCAAAAGGCUGCCAAAAUCUCCAACUCUAAUGUGUUUCAUGACACAUAGUGGUUAAAAGUUUAAUAGGAUAAAAAGAGCGUCAUUUCUGUAAUCUGCUCAGACUUCUUGUUAUCGGAUAAAGGUUUUCCUAAUCCAAUUUCCACAUGUUGUUCAAAGUUCUUUCUUUUAAACCUUCUUCACUUCACCAGAUUUUAGUUUUGACCUCCUACUGAAAUAGGUUAAACUUCUUCACUUCACAGUUUCGAAAGAAAUCUGUUUAUUUUAUUAUAAUUUUUUUUAUUUAGUCACCGGUCAAAACUCAUUCAAAACCUAAUCGCCAAUCAGUUCCUUGGUGCAUCUCUGUUAAAUUGCUCAUACAUAUCUAGGCAGGAAUAGAAGCUCUGGAGAGAAAAAUUUGUCCUGCCUUUAAAACUGGCAGACAAGUCUGAGAAAAUAGGAGAUUGAGAAAGUCAAGUGUUCAUCUUCCUACAUUUUUUUUUUGUCUUAGAAAGGGCAAAUAACUGCUGUAUGCCCCCAACAGAGUAAAGGUUCAGGGAUGACUGUUCAAGUGCCUUCUAUUUGUCUUUGUAUUUCUGGAUGCUAUAUGGUGCAUAUUAGAAAGGAAAAAACAUUGUUAAACAUAUUUUACAGCCACUUUUUUAUUGCACGAAUGUUUCAUUCCAUAUUUAUCUGCAGUUCUUUUUAUCCAUUUCAAGCCAUAAAAUGUGUUUUUUAGAUGCUAGGUUCAUAUUGGUGAUAAUUGUUUAUGGUAUGUACUUUUACAGAAGAGACUGAAUGUUUCUUUUAGUGCAUGUCAUAUCUGCUAUGUGGUUAAAAACUCAGGGUUUAAUAGAAUUACAAAAAUCAGUGAAUGCUUUCGUAAGAAAUAAAAUUGAAAUGUUGCCUACUACUUUCUCAUUUAUGAUGACCUUUAUUACUUCCGUCAAGGAGGCUGUGUUUUUUGGAGAGUUUGUGGGUCUGUCUUUCUGUCUGUGUACAGGAUAACUUUAAAAAUUUUGACGGAUUUUAAUGACAUUUUUUAUCACAGGUGUCCCUCAUUCCCAGUAACAAUCCAUUAAG